CGCCCUCAUUCCUUCCCCUAUCCUCCUUCCCCAGGUCUCACCUAAAGCCGGCAGAGCCGAGUCGCGAUUCCACUCCGCACGGGCACGGCCGCCGCGCACCUAACCCCUACCUACCAACCCCCGCGCGCGCGCAUGGCCGAUCAGGCCGCCCGCUGAGGAGGGGGGAGCGGACAUGGCGGAGCUGCGCGGGAGGCCCGGGACGUGGGGCGGCCUCUGCCUGCGCCUCGGCCAGGCCGCGCUCGCCGCCGCCUCCAUCGCCGUCAUGGUCUCCUCCGCCGGCUUCGCGGGCUACACCGCCUUCUGCUAUUUGAUCGCGUCAAUGGGACUGCAAGCGUUGUGGAGCUUGGGACUUGCGUGUCUUGAUGGAUAUGCCCUCAAAGUCAAACGGGAUCUCAAUAAUGCUGUCUUAGUGAGCUUGUUUGUCGUCGGAGACUGGGUUACUGCAAUUCUCUCGUUUGCUGCUUCAUGCUCAGCUGCUGGUGUAAUAGUUCUUUUUGAAAAGGACAUUUCUUUCUGCAGAAGAUACUACCAACUGCCUUGUGGGAGAUUUCAACUUGCCACGGCAUUGGCUUUUCUUUCUUGGUCACUAAGCGCUACAUCAGCUUUUAUCAUGUUUUGGCUCUUGGCAUCCUUCUGAUUUUGUAUAUACUCCUGUGUAGCUCUUUUUAUAGCGUCUCCUUUUGGUUUCUGCUCACUUGAGCAUUUACAUAGGAUGAUUUUCCAGAUAUGUAACAGACCAGAGACCACACAGACCAAAACAUGGAAUUGUUGGGAAUUUGCAAAGUCCAUGGAGCCAUUUCCUGGAAUUCACUGAAAAGCUUUGCUCAA